AUGGAAGCUAUAAACCAAACAGAUGUUGCACAUUUUUUUCUUCUGGGAAUAACAGAUGAUCCAGCACUGCACACACUCAUCUUCAGCCUGUUCCUGUCCAUGUACCUGGUCACCAUCCUGGGAAACCUGCUCAUCAUCCUGGCCAUCAGCUCUGACUCCCACCUCCACAUCCCCAUGUACUUCUUCCUUUCCAACCUGUCCUUCACUGACAUCUGUAUGAGCACCACUACCAUUCCAAAAAUGCUGGUGAACAUCCAAGCACAGGAUCAGAGCAUCACCUACACAGGCUGCCUUACUCAGGCCUGCUUUGUUUUGUUUUUUGCUGGUUUGGAAAAUUGUCUCCUGGCAGCAAUGGCUUAUGACCGCUAUGUGGCCAUCUGUCACCCCCUGAAAUACACAGUAGUCAUGAACCCCCGCCUCUGUGCUCUGCUGGUUCUACUUUCCUUGCCCAUUAGUACUCUGAAUGCCCUCUUGCUUGCCCUGUCAGUGCUGCGGCUGUCCUUCUGCACAGAUCUGGAAAUCCCCCUCUUCUUCUGUGAAGUUGCUCAAAUCAUCAAACUCGCCUGUUCUGAUGCCCUCAUCAAUAACGUCCUCCUAUCUGUUGCAGCUUUCAUAUUUGGUGGCGUUCCUCUCUGUGGAAUCGUUUUGUUGUACGCUCAAAUUGUCUUCUCUGUUUUGAGGGUUCCAUCAGUUAAAGGCAGGUCAAAAGCCUUUUCAACCUGUGCGUCUCACCUGACAGUUGUCUCCCUGUUCUAUGGGACAGGAGUGGGUGUCUACAUCAAUUGUGCAGUUACAGACUCCUCCAGAAAAACUGCUAUGGCUUCCAUGCUGUAUUCUGUGGUCCCUCAAAUAACCAACCCCUUUAUCUACAGUCUGAGGAACAGAGAUAUGAAAGAAGGGUUAAGGAAGCUCUUCAGUAGGGUGUCUUCCACUCUGUGA